AUGAUAUCUCUCCACUACCACCGCAUCCUCCUAUUCUUUUUUCUACUCUUACUUUCCCUCAUCGUUCUCCUACAUCUCACGUAUCCCUCUUCAUUAAAUUUCAACCUCAAUCUAAAUCCCCUGUCCACUACCAACUCCAAUUCCUCCUCUCGAAAACAUACAUAUAUCACCAAAGAAGGAAAAUCCAUCAAUCAACAAAACGUAAUCCAGCUACGAGCAAAAAUCAAAGAGGGGAAAUAUCCAGCGCUGAGGAAGUUACUAGAAGAUGGUGUUUUGGGAGUGGGCGAGAAAACCGGUGAGAAGUCUGGCAAGGGAGGGGGAGGAGAAAAAAUUAUCCAUCAGGUGUGGCAUAAUUGGAAAGGGGGGUUUGGACGGAGAGUUGAGAGACGUGGUGAUGAGAAUGUGGAUGGACGGGUAGGAGAAGGAAGGUAUGAUAUGAGGAAGGGAAAGAUAAGUAUAGCAGAAGAUAAAGAGGGAUGGGAAAUUAGUGGAGGCGAUGGAGAGAUUCCUCAUGGAUGGGAAGAGAGGAGACGUAGUUGUAGGGGAGUUAAUGAACAGAGUGGGUGGAAAUAUGUUCUUUGGACCUCUCAAAAAUCCCUCGCCUUCAUAAAAACUUACUACUCAUCUUUUCUUAAAACAUAUAUAUCCUAUCCCUCGAAUUUCCAACGUGUCGAAGCGAUGAAAUUUCUUCUACUUCAUAGAUAUGGAGGGAUUGUAUUGGAUGUGGAUACGAUUUGUCUGCGAGCUCUGGAUCCGUUUUUAAUGCUGGGGCUGUUUGUUGUUAGUGAACCUUUAGUUGUAUCUGAAGAUGAUGGUGAGGAUGGGGACGAGGAUGGGGAUGAGAAAAGGAAGGGAACACUUUCAACCCGUAUUAUAGGGGCUCCAAGAAACCAUGGAUUUGUAGUGGAGUUGAUAGAUGUGUUGAUGGGGUAUAAUGCGCCUAGAGUAGAUGGAGAUGGCGAACGGGAGAGGAAUAAAGCAAAAGGAGUGCUCAGUUUGACGGGGAAACUGAGAAAGGGAGAGAAGUUGAUGAUGGGUCGGAGGGAGGUUUUUGGAGAGGUGUGGGAUGCGUAUCAUAGGCGGAUUGGAGAGGGAGUGUUGGGUGUAGGUGUUACUAAUACGUCUGGAAGUAUGGGUGAUAAGAGUGAAAGAGAAGAUCGAGAAGAAUUAGGAUUGGUGGAUAGUGUGGGAUGGAGAGUUAGUGUGUUGCGUACGGGAGAGGGUGCUGGGAGGGGAUUUUUCGGUCCGCACCCACUCAACUCCAAACCCACUUCCCUGCCCAACUCCAAACCCCAAUCCAAAACCUCCCAUCUUCUCCUCCCGGUUCUAAUCCUCAUCACUCUUUCCCUCCUCAUAACCCUGAUUUUCUACUCUCACCACCGCUCUCACACACGAAAACAGCCGCUCAUUCGACGCGCGUCGAGUAAGUAUGAGAGAGGAAGAAGAAGGGAGAGAGUGCUUAGAGGUGCGGGUUUGGGUGGGGGAAAUGGCGGGAGUUUGUUUCAUGGGUAUGGAGGAGGUGUGUAUGGGGAAGAGGUUAUGGAGGGGAUGGAGAAAGAGGGGAGGGGUUUGAUGAUUGGGGGAGUGGGGGUGUGA